GAAAGCGCAGCGUAUUGAGCAUGCGCAAUUGUUCCAGGAUGUGCGUAUGUUAUUAUAGGACGCUGUAGCUACCAUAUCUGCGUGUUACAAAGUCGGGUUGAACUUUUGAAUUUCGUUGGCUAAAGGUACCGUUACAGAAUGUCUGGCGGCACCCAUUUGGAAAACGCCAACCCGGUCAUAUUCGAGCGGUCCGGCGAGAGACUGCAGACGGCUCACGACGAGGAUGAAGACGUGCACGACCCUAUCGAUGACAGAGAAAUUUUUGAUAUGAUCAGAUCCAUCAAUGAUCCUGAGCAUCCGCUCUCUCUGGAGGAGCUCAACGUGGUGGAGCAAGUCAGAGUCAAAGUGGACGACAACGAGAGCAACGUGGACGUGGAGUUCACGCCCACCAUCCCCCACUGUAGCAUGGCUACGCUUAUCGGCCUAUCAAUCAAAGUCAAGCUGCUGCGCUCACUGCCCGACAGAUUCAAGAUCGAUGUCCGCAUCACACCUGGGACACAUGCCUCCGAGGAUGCAGUGAACAAGCAGCUGGCCGACAAAGAACGAGUGGCGGCGGCGCUGGAGAACUCGUCCUUGCUGGAGGUGAUCAACCAGUGUUUGUACACCAAGAGCAUCUGAGGAACUGCAAGUGUUCGCUUACUUUUACCGACACCACUGGAGCCUUAGCUGAGGUUGUUAAAUAUGCAGCAGAGGCAAAGCAAAUGUCUUAAAAGGUCAUCGGCAUUUCAUUAAGUGCUCUUGACAAUGAUGGCUAAUUCAAAGGAGAUAUUUAUCAAAUAUAUAUUUUUUAAUGUUCAUGCAUGUCACGUUCAUAUAUGACCACCAAGUGGCGCUACUGUAACAUUACUGAAACUGUUUUCUUUCCAUCAGAUUAAAAAAAAAAAAAAGAUUUCAUCUGGGAUGCAUCCGUCAUGUGAUGUAACACAAAAUGUUAUGUUUUAAAAGAGCAGAGGGAUUAUGUAACCCAAAUCUUCUCUAAUUCUUAAAGCAGAGGUUCUUAAAUUUUAGGGUUUUUUUUUUUUAAGUACAAAAAACUACUUAACCAAGCACCACCACAAUGACCAAAAAAGGCCCAUGUUUUCAUCAAAAUGUUAUUCAUAAAAAAUACACCUAUUUGUCAGAAGUUACUUAUGCAUAACCUUUAUAUUUAUUCUGCUUUUUCAUCUGAUAUGUUCCAUUGUUUCCUUAUCAUCAAUGCCAUCACAGGCACGCUCACAACUAAGUUAAAAAAAGAGCAAGCAACAUUUACAAGAAGCGUAGUUCACAUUCUAGGAAGUGUGUGGCCUCAAAAUGAUUCCACCUACACAGUGUGCGGUUGUAUAACUAGUUCUACAUCUCUAAAAUGCAUCUUUUGCGGAUGCCACAGGUUACAAAACAACUUUGUGUUUGUAUUUAGAUUCCUAAUUGUUAUGCAUUUUAUGCUCUUCCUCCGGAAAAUCUUGAAACACAGCAUUGUGGGGUUUAUAAUCAGGAAGUUUGCUCGAAUGUCUGUCAGCCAAUUGCGGAAUAAUGUGAUGUGUUUCAAUAAAUGUUUAACUUUGCUUUAA